AUGUUCCUAUCUCCAUCACCUCCUGAGGCUGGUGCUGUGGUGGAUCAUCAACUUGGGCGGCAACCAACAUCAACAACAACAACACUUGGUUCAUUCCACCCUCAAGAAUCAGAUGCAAUAAUUAGAAAGGUUCUCCGAGAUGAAAGCAAAGAAAAUAUAUACCCAUCAGCACAUCCAAAUCAUCAGCGAAACAAUCCUAACAGUAAAAACAUUAGUACAACACUACUGAGAAGCAGCACGACUAUUAUCCCUACGGUUCCGAGAUCAAUUCCUCACCAUACACAAAGUAUGAGCAAUCUUGAUACAUCAACGCAUCAACAAUCCCAUCCUUCAAAUGAUAAUGACAUAAAGACUUCUCAAGGUUUACCUCGGCCGAACACUUCAGCAGCAGCCAAUAACCCGAGACGAGCCAAGAUCAUCGGUGUCAAAGACAAAAUUGCUUUAUUCGAUUUAUAUGCCCCUUCAUUGACUCCUUCCGAUAAGGUUUUAAAAACAUCCAACGAAGAAAUGAUUUCUCUUUCAACCUCACUUCAUGUACCUUCAUCGUCUUAUUCCAAGUUUUUCCUUAAAAAGUUUCCAAUUUUAAAACAACAAGUUGAUACAAAAAACGUAAAAGGAGGAGGUUUUAUUGCUCCAUCGCCGAGAACUUUGGAAAGUGUCACCGACAAGAUGUUGACACCAACUAUAAGAGAGGAGCAGCGAAUAUUUAAUCAACCCAUAGUAACAACUGUGGUAGAACCCUCUGCCGCAUUUGAUAUACUGCCGAAAUCUAUUCAAGCGCCAUUCGCAAAAGACGGAAUGCAUACCAAACUGCACAUUCCUCAAUUACCUCUCGAUACUCUUGACAUGUUAAGUCCAGACUCUUUUGGAAAUAGUUUGAACUCUGUGCGUGUUAAUUGGAUCAAGAGUGAUGAUAUUACGGAGCGAUCCGUAUCUCUAACUUCUAGGGCUGAUUCUGUUAUUCUAGAAAAACAACGCCCAAGCACAAGUCGAGCCGCCAGUGCUGGAGCAAGUCGAAGGUAUCACCCUGUCAAACAAAGUGGAUCGAAAUCCCUUCCUUCAACAUCUCAGAGAAAGAAACGGUCUGAAUCUCCUCCCUCCCAAAUUGAAGAGGAAGAAGAAAAUGAGGAAGAGUAUGAACUGGAAGAAGGCCAUUUUUUGGCAGACUCAGAUUUAAGCCAGUUCGAACAUAAUGUCGAGUCCAUUUUCAAAAGCUCAGCUGAAUCAGAAAGUGAGAUUUAUGAAUCCCUGAGAUCGUCCUAUUUUCUUAACGUAAAAGAUGAAAAGAACAAGAGAAAAGGAAAAGAUCACAUUUCGAUAGAAGAGCAUGUAAAGAUUACAAAUGAGCUAAUUUAUAAGCUCACAUCUUCAUUCAAAGAAAAGGUGAAAAAAAUCGAGCAGUCUGUGAAAAAAGAGUUUGAAAAACUAACAAAACAUCAUUCAAAACGAAUCAAUCAUAUAGAGGAAAAAAGAUCAAACAGCAUUGUCAAAGAAUUUAUUAGAGAUAUUAACAUAAGAAAACAAAAUCAGAAAUUGAAAGAACAAAUGGACGAAAUGAAAAAAAAGUAUGACGAGGCGAUGGAAUUGUUGACUGAAAUGAAUUCAUACAAGCAGAAAUAUGAAAAUUCGCGACGAGAGUUUGAAAAGUACUAUAAUGAUCGACCGUCUAAGCGAGCAGAGAAUACCAUUACCACCAUUAUGGCAGAGAAUGAAAAAAUGACUUUAAAGGAAAAGCAAGAAGUAAUGUCUGACUUUUUGAAACACUUUUACAACGAAGAUGGAACCUUGAAUGAAAAAGCAAUAUUUGAUAUGUUUGUUGUUAAUAAGGAGCUUCAUGAAAACCUGUCUAGAACAAGAGACACAGUUUCAUUUUUACGAGAUCAACUUUAUGAAAAACAAAAAACAGGAGGUGCCAACAAUCAAAAAGCACAGAUACCAUUUUUCGAUGCCUCUCUCCUCAAGUCACAGAAAGAAAAGCAAGUGUUGCAAGGACUUAGCCAAGCUCAGUUCGAUGAACCAUACCAUCCACCAAAUCCUCCUGAUCCAAACGUGGUGUAUGAGCUCAGACAAAGAAAUGAAUACUUGAAAAAGUGUUAUGAGGUGUUGUCUCAAAAGGUUAUUCUUGCCGAUAGAGUGGUUCUAAGGAUUAAGACAUUAUAUGAAGGCGUGGAAAAGUUCACAAAAUGUACAAGCUGUAAAGAGCCAACUUUGAAACCCAAGAUCCUAUAUUGCGGACAUGCAUUUUGUUUGAAAUGUUGCAAUUCUGACAAGAUCAAAAAACUUGACGACGCCACAAAUACCUUUCAAUACCAUUGUUCAGAAUGUAGAGACGUUACAGAAGAGUUGGUCGACAACAAGAACCUGAACGAGCUCGUCUCAUUCACCAACGAAAUUGACAUUGAAAUUUCCGAGCUCGAAAAGAGCAUUCAGGAUGCCUUGUCAAUGACCAAGAUUGAUCCAUUGAAAAAAACUUCUCAUGUAAGCAUGCUGUCUCCAAGACCAAACAGUGACACUGCUUCAGACACCACUAUCAAAUAA